ACUUCCUUGUUUCUGCUCAAAACAUUGGAGCAGUUGAAUGCAGAGCUCGUUUAAGCAAUAUUUGAUGCAAUAAAUAGAACACUGUAUUCUUAUUUCUUCCAUUAACUAAUUAGUCGUUUAGGGAUGCUGAUGAAGCACCUGUGCACCGCGCUUUUCUGCGUCUUUCGCGUGUUUCCAGUCGUAAACCAUGCCACAGGAAAGGAGUUUACAGAACACGAUAUGGCACAUUACAGGGAACGGAUAAAAUCAAUGUUUUAUCACGCCUACAACAGUUACCUCGAGAAUGCAUAUCCCUAUGAUGAACUUCGACCUCUGACCUGUGACGGUCAGGACACUUGGGGCAGUUUUUCUCUGACACUGAUCGACGCACUUGACACACUGCUGGUUUUAGGUAACAAAACAGAGUUCCGACGGGUGGCAUCUGUGCUGCAGGAUAAUAUUAACUUCGACAGUGAUGUAAACGCAUCAGUGUUUGAAACCAACAUCCGAGUGGUGGGAGGCCUCCUCUCCGCUCACUUGCUGUCGAAGGCCGCGGGGAUGGAGCUGGAGGCGGGGUGGCCCUGCUCGGGGCCCCUUCUCAGGAUGGCUGAAGAAGCUGCACGCAGACUUCUGCCAGCGUUCCACACUCCGACAGGCAUGCCGUACGGCACGGUGAACCUGCUGCGCGGAGUGAACCCUGCGGAGACGCCAGUGACCUGCACAGCCGGGGUCGGCACCUUCAUCCUGGAGUUCGCCACACUGAGCAGGCUUACCGGGGACCCGGUCUUCGAGAAGGUGGCCAGGAAAGCACUUCGGGAGCUCUGGAAAACACGUUCUGACAUCGGACUGGUUGGGAACCACAUUGACGUGUUCAGCUCCAAAUGGGUUGCACAGGACGCAGGGAUAGGAGCGGGGGUGGACUCCUACUUUGAGUACCUGGUAAAGGGAGCCAUCCUGUUACAGGACGAGGAGCUGCACUCCAUGUUCUUAGAGUAUGACAAAGCAAUUCGAAACUACACUAAGUUUGACGACUGGUAUUUCUGGGUUCAUAUGCACAAGGGGACUGUGUCCAUGCCUGUCUUCCAGUCUCUGGAAGCGUUUUGGCCAGGGCUGCAGAGCCUGAUCGGUGAUUUAGACAGCGCAAUGAAAACCUUUCUCAACUACUACACAGUGUGGAAACAGUUCGGAGGACUGCCAGAGUUCUACAGCAUCCCCCAGGGGUACUCCGUGGAAAAGAGAGAGGGCUACCCUCUCCGGCCAGAGCUGAUAGAGAGCGCCAUGUACCUCUAUCGUGCCACUGCUGACCCCACCCUGCUGCAGCUGGGACGAGACGUUGUGGAGUCCAUCGAGAAGAUCAGUCGUGUGGACUGUGGGUUUGCAACGGUGAAGGACGUGAGGGAUCACAAGCUGGAUAACCGCAUGGAGUCCUUCUUCCUGGCCGAGACGGUGAAGUAUCUCUACCUGCUUUUCGAUCCCGACAACUUCCUCCACAACGACGGCUCUCACUUCGACAUGGUGAGCGGGCCGCACGGAGACUGCGUCCUGGGGGCUGGGGGGUACAUCUUCAACACUGAGGCGCACCCCCUAGACCCGGCCGCUCUGCACUGCUGCAGCCGGGCCCAGGCCGAGCGCUGGGAGAUAGAGGAGAUACUCAGCGGGAAGACGGAACCCCCCAAAUCACAAACUUCAGAGGAAAUGCAUGAGCAAACAGAGAGGAUUGUACUACAGGACAAAAAGAAAAGGAAAACGCCAGUCCUGUCCUGCCCCAGCCAGCCCUUCAGCUCCAAGCUCUCCAUACUUGGACAAGUGUUUAGUACUCCAAAGACAUGACGCCACUACAGUUUUUAAAGUUGCCUGUUUUGACUGCUAAUAAAGUUGUAUUUAUUUCCA